CAUGUCGAACCAAUCCAAAAUCCAAAGUUGAUUGAAUACAAUCAGCAGCUUACGCUACUAUAAAAGAAGCAGCUUAGCACAACCUAUCAGCAUCCCAUUUAUGUCUUGCUUGAGGCUGAGGCUUCCACCAGCCAGAAGGGCUUGGAAGAGCUUCACUUCCAAAUUACACAGCAAGCUCCACAAACGCAGGGCCAUCAACAAAUCCACAAACCGAGUCAAGCCCUCCACAACAAUCUCUGUACGAGUUCCACCCUCCAAGUUCUUUCAGCUACGCUUGCAGCGGAAACCAAUCUUUUCUCUGCGUUUUCACCAGAAUUGCCGCAGCCUGCUUCAGAAACGGCACGCGCAUGUGUAUGUUGACAAGCUCUUUAAGGAGCCUGCAGUCUCCGAGCUAGUUGCUGAGCGUUGUCAACAGCAGAAAUCUCCAGUAGCAGUGUGUGUGAUCAAGCCUAUUGCUGAUCGCCUUGUUCCUGAAGCAAGCAGGCAAACUCAACCUUCAGCUUGUGAGAAUAAUGUGUCUGAAGGAGUAACUAGUGCUGCCGAUGAUAUGUGGGAGUCGCUGGGAAUUGCCUCGCCCCAAAUGGAUGGAAUUGAUAAGAGAGCUGAGGAGUUUAUAGCUCGCUUCAGGGCAGAAAUGAAGGAUCAGGAGACGUUGGCCAAUCGCCAUUUGUAGUAUAAUGCUUGUAAUGAAGACCCCAGCUUAAAUAGUACAGUAUCCUGUACAAGAUGUAAAUUUAGCCGAUUCAUUUUGAAAUAAGAAUGAUAUGUGAAUUGAUCUUA